AUGCAUUCUACUGAAUCUCCUCCGCAUCGACAUGAAUUGGAAUUUAAAUUUGAAGUACAUUUUUAUUCACAUACUCCAGCUGAUGCUGAUAUAUCAACACAAACCUAGGUUGAACUACAAGCAACUAUGGUAGAUGUUCCACAUAUGCAAUUUGAUUUUUUUGAAGAGGUACACAUCUAAAUUGUACAUUUUGAAUCAACCCAUUCAUAGGGUUAAACACAUCUUGAUUAUGUCCUAUAUCGAAUUGGAUAGCAAUUAUCAACACAUCCAAUAUAGUUAUUACAAGAGGAGCUGUUUAUUCCACCACAAUUUACACACUAUAAACUCGUGGAAAGACCACAUCCUGAUUGAAUGCAUGAUUCAUUUGGUACACUGGGACAAUUUGUACAAGCUAAAUUAUACCAACCACACAUAUCUGAACAUUUCACUUCAGUAUUCUAAAUGGAACAUUUAUAGCAACUUGAAUUUCCAGGCCACCAACCACAAUCUGAUGUUGCAUCACAAUCAGAUGGCCAUAAAAAAUCUUCACAUGAUUAAGCCAUUGUUUAUUAUGGUGUCAAACAAAGAAGGAUUAACAAAAUCAUAGAUGACUUUUUAAUAUUCAUUUUAAUGA